CUUUUUGUUGAAUAAAAUGUUGUUUAAACCAAAUAAUAAGUAAUAUUAAACAACAAGUUUGGAUAUUUUGAAUGAAAAACGUAUAUUGUUUGCGUCGGUCCAUUUAAAAAGUCAUCACUUUUACAUGUGUUGCCUAUCAAUAAUAUCAUAUGAACAAGUGGUAUCUAAUUGUAGACGUCGGCAUAAUAUCAAAUUUGAGAAAUAGCAUCAAUGACCUUUAUACUUUAUAUUUUGAAACAUAUGAGCUUUCUGGCGUUGCUUCUCUCUGAAUAAGUCACUGUACUUGCGUUAAAUUAUGCCAUACGCACGAGAUGAAAUUAAUGAAUAACAGAAAAUGCCAUCUGAAUUUUCAAGACAGCAUGUGUUCCAAAGUUGUUUACAGAUAUAUCACACGUAGUGAUUGUGAAGGGAUAAAAAAGAAUUUAUUUCAAAUGUUUUCUCAAAACAAUGAAGUGCCAAUAACAAAUGUGAAAUAAUACUUAAACAUAAUGAAUCGCAGAUCUGAAUGGAAUACUGCUGAAAUGCUGUAAAAUAUAUUUUUGUCAGAUUUUAUGACUAGGAUUAUGAUUUUUGUAAAAACUGUUUUUCACAGUGACUUUGUAAUAGCGGAAGAUUGCAAGUUAUUUUUGUGCCACAGUUCAUGAGAUAUUAACAAUAAAUUACAUGAGUUUACAGAAGCAUUGUAAAUCAAAGGCAAAUAAAAAUUUGUUCCAUAGUUAAUGUGAAUAUAAACAAUGACAGGGGUUUACAGUAGAAAUGCAAAUCAGAAACAGUUCCGUAGUUAAUGAGAAAAUGAACAAUGACAGGAGUUUACAGUGGUACUGUAAAUCAGAAAGUGUUCCAUAGUAUAUGAGAAAAUAAACAAAGACAGGCAUUUACAGUAGUAAUAAAAAUCGGAAACAAUUCCAAAUUAAAUGAAAAAUAGCGUUAAGAGUAGAAACGUAAAUCAGAAACUGUUCCAUUGUUAAUGAGAAUAUAAUUAAUGCAAAGUUAAUCAAAGGCAAAUAAAGAAAUUGUUCAUGUUAUAUCUAGAUUAGGAUAAAUAAGUUUGCCAUGUUGUAUUAUUGCAUACGUGAGUAAAUAAUAAAUAGCUUAUCGUUACUGAGUUUACAUUUUACGGGUACAAAGCUAAAACGCAUGGUUAAUUUAAUAUACGCUUAAUUUAGACGUUAUUGAAUGUAAUACACUGUUUGCAUAUUAUGGCGAAUGUUGACAGUAUAGAUAACAUGGUAUGAGAGGACACACAAAUAUUUAAUUAUUUUUAUCGCUAUCUCUGGUUGAAACAAAAGUAUGUUGUAAAGCGUGCUUAGAUAAAAAAUAAUCAUGUAAACAUUCUUCGUGUAUUAUUGGAUUAUUUUGUUAUAUACUGUACUCGGUGUAGUUUUAGUUUUGAAACUUUAACGUUUUGAAAAUGCAAGCUGUAUGCCGAGAACGAUUUUUUGAACUUCCGGUAGCUUUAUUUCGAUUAUUUUCGUGUUCAAUGUGCUAUAAAUAUUUGUUCCAUACUGGAAAUGAAUUACAACCCCAUUCUCAGCAGCCUUGGACCCUAGUGCCUACAAAAGACAGUGACAACUACUCACAGAAUUUCUCAGUAAUUGCUGAUGUCAGCAAUGUGACGUCAAGGGAUCUUAUCUGCAAUUCUCUAAUAGGAGAUGACUGUAAACGAUGGACGGAUUGUUGUUAUGCUGCUAUUUCCUGUUGUCAGAAACAACUGGCUACAGCAAAACGGAACUUAUCAGAGAGUGCGUUCUGUCCACGGACAUGGGACGGAUAUGGAUGUUUUGGAGAUACAGAUUCUGACACUAGAACGUAUAUCUCGUGUCCUAGUUACAUAGAACAUGCUGAUACAUCAGAAAUGGCAUAUAAAGACUGCACUGAAAAUGGAACAUGGUGGAUAAAUCCAAGCACAGGAUCAGAAUGGACAAAUUAUACCACCUGUGUUCAAAAAGAGAACCAUGAAGUGAUUAUUUAUGUAACUUUGGCGUGUAACAUAGUCAGCCUGGUCAUGUUGAUCCCAGCGUGUAUAAUAUUUUUGUCAAUAAGACAAUUACGAGUGCAGAAAAGAAUAAAACUUCACAUCUGCCUGUUUUUGUCUUUCGUCCUGACAUGUGUUGUAAUCAUCUUGUGGGAUUUCAUAGUGUAUCUGGAUAGACUACAGAACGAAAUACAUAACACUAUCAUGCAUCGAAAUUCUAGCGGAUGUAAGUUUCUAUAUAUCCUUACACGCUAUGCAAGCACAACUACGUUUUUCUGGAUGGUAUGUGAGGGAUUUUAUCUCCACAGACUGAUUGUUCAUGCCUUUGCCACUCCAAAAUCAUUAACUUUCUACUACAUUUUUGGAUGGAUCGUGUCGUGGGUACCGGCAACCAUUUAUUCUAUCAUACGGGCAACCAAUGGAGUCUUCGACAAAAAUUGUUGGGUUCAUAAUAUUGGUGUUUAUGAAUGGCUGAUGUACGCUCCCAACCUUUUAUGCAUCGCCGUGAACGUGAUAUUUUUGGGUAAUAUAAUAAGAAUACUGUGUACAAAACUUCAAGCACAUCCUAAUGAACCAAGUAACUACAGGAAAGCGCUGAAGGCAACAUUUGUUUUGGUACCCUUGUUUGGAAUUCAACAGUUUGUCGUUAUUUAUCGACCACAAACGGGAACAAAAGUAGAUUUCAUUUACGAAAUAAUACAGUCAGUGAUAAUCAACACACAGGGGGCCAUUGUUUCACUUAUAUUCUGCUUCCUUAACGGUGAAGUACAUACAUAUCUUAGAAAUUGCAUUGGGCGUCAUAUGACAUUGGGUUCUUCAGCAAAGUUUAACCGCAAAAGCAGCAUGUCGUCAGCAACACAAUUUACUUCAGUUGCUUCUGGCAGACGGACAACAAAACAGUAUGAAAAUUCGGACACUGGUUAUAUCCCUCUGAGCACAAGCAGUACUGCUAACGACAUGUCAAAUGCUACAAAACCAUCAAAUGGACACGUAACAUUUUCGGUAUGAAGCAUGAAAACAUUAUGUACAUUUGAUACUGUGUUACAUACUUACAGCAAUCUGUGAAGAAUAUGUCUAUUUUGUGAUAAUUUUGUGAUCUGAAUUAUUUGAAAUUGUAUCGGACACUUAGAUGUUAUCUGGUAGGGUCAAACAUCCAGAUUUCAUUGUUCAGAGAUUGUAAAACCAAAUUCUAAGGUAUAGCGAUGUGCGUAUGACACCUUGAGUCUUUGACCCUGCAACCAAAUGUUAAGAGUCAGAUACCUGUUCCACUGCAAAUUGUGAGCUUGAAAUCCAGGUACAUUACUGAUGGACGAAUUUACUCAAAAUUGCUUUGCAACUUAUAAAGGAUUGUUACAACAGGGACAGCUGCAAUAUCGGAAAAUAAUUUCAUCAUACCAUUUACAUUCAGAGAACAAUUAUCUCGAUCGUGUAUAUUUUCAUGACCUCGUGGAAAGGUACAUUUGAAUGAUAAGCAUUUUUCCUAGAAUGUACAAACAUCACAUAUUCUGCUUUUACCACAUAUCUAGUAAAAUGUGUUAUUUUCAUUUGUUAAAUUGAGUGAAACUGGAAAAUUGUUGUGAAUCAUUUGCGAAAGUGUCAAUCAUUAACAUUGUGUUUGUAAAGUGUUUGAAUAUAACAGAAAAUGUCACUUCAGUAUUUGAAUCAUUUUAACAACACAUGCAUACUUAUUUUGAGAAUAAUUGUUCAUAGUUAAAAUGUUUUAUUAAAUUAUUUCUUUGUUC